UCGUUGGGGGUACCCUGACAGCUCAAGCUUUGUAGCCAACGCAUGAUGCCGUUCGCUCGGUGAGUUUCACUUCGAGAUAACGAUGCCCGAGCACGGUAUCUGUAUAGGUACCAAAUAUACCCUUAUCGUCCUCUGACGGCUGAAGGAUGCCAUAUCAUACUACUCGCCAAAGUCGCCAAUGCAGAAACGAGGCGCGAUUAUCGUAUCGCUCGCCAACCUCGCCAAACCCUAACCUCUAAUCUACGCACGGAAGCAAAUGAGCCGCGCCACCUCGGGCGGUUAUCGCUGUUGUUAUGGUGGUUGUCCGCCUCUCGCUAACCUCGCCAGUUUCGCCCAGACCGCCAACAAACUCUCGGCCGUGGAGAAGGUGUCCACCUCAUCCUUCGGGCAGGAGCUUACCUAGAAGAAGUAUAAAAGUUCAGCACGAAUGCGAUCGAGCGAUGAACAGGAUCAGACAUACAUUCUUCAACCAACACACCAAUCACACGCUAUGCAGACCAUCCAAACCGUCAUGCAAUCGCUGGGCAUCACCGCUCAAGCUAUGAAACCACAAGCGACUUACCAUCCGCUCGACCCUCUCUCCGCCCAAGAACUCCAAGAGUGCGUUAACAUCGUGCGACAAGCGAAUGGCAUCAGUGGAGCCGUUCCAGGUCAAGCUAGACUGCACUUCAAGGGGAUCGGACUUUUGGAACCCCCCAAAAGUGCGCUAGCCCCUUAUCUCGAUGAGUGGCACGCUGCCGUCGAAUCUGGUACUACACCCAGCCGACUACCUCGGCAAGCACAUGUGCUGGUCGGUCGCAAAGAACAGGGAGACACCCAGUGGUAUGAUUACGUCGUUACCUUGAAGGGUGAAGAUGGCUCCCCGGGCCAUGUAGCAAGCAAACAAGCUGUCCCAGAAGGUCAACACGUGGCGCUGGACGGAGAAGAAGCGGUAGCAGCCGAAGAGGCUCUCUUGAACGAUCCCCAGUUCAAGCAGGUCAUAGCCGAUCUCCAGCUACCCGCAAACGCUACGGUCGUGGCCGACGCUUGGAUCUAUGGAGCCGACUCGUCGGAGGACUGUCCCCGCUUCAUCAGCUUCAUGGUUUACAUGAGGUUCAUUGAUGAUGCCGACAGUUGCCAUUACAGUGCACCUCUUCCGAUUGUUCCCACAGUCCUAGCCGACUCGCUCGUUCUUCACGAAAUCGCCUUCACACCCAUCUUUGGGGGAGAAAGCAUCAAGACGGUGAAGGACCUGGAUGGACCUUUCCCUUGGGAGCAAUAUGUGCAGAACGAGUACGCACAAAGUGUACGAGAAAAAGCCGGGGAGGUUUAUCGCCGAGAUAUCAAGCCUUAUCACGUAACUCAGCCUGAAGGAGCUAGUUUCUCUCUGGAUGGUCGCGUCAUCAGGUGGCAGAAGUGGUCAUUCCAUAUCGGCUUCAACUAUCGCGAAGGUACCGUCAUCAGCGAUGUUCGUUACGAUGGACGCAAGACAUUUUACCGCCUCAGUCUGUCUGAUAUGACCGUGCCGUACGGAGACCCUCGCGCCCCAUUGCAUCGAAAGCAAGCGUUCGACCUCGGUGGCGCUGGCUCGACGGCUAACGAGUUACAGCUUGGUUGCGACUGUCUAGGAGAGAUACACUACCUGGACUUCGACCACGUCAAGCAGGACGGUUCGCCUCUCGGGCUCAAGGGCACGGUGUGCAUUCACGAGCAGGACAAAGGCAUCGGCUGGAAACACACCAACUUCAGGACCGGCAAUCCAAGCGUGACGCGAUCUCGAGUUCUGGUCGUACAGAGCAUGAUCACGGUUGCCAACUACGAAUACAUCUUUGCUUGGAAAUUCGAUCAAUCUGCCAAUAUAACCCUCGAGACCAGAGCUACCGGAAUCGUGUCCACAGUUGCUAUAAUGCCAGGCGAGAAGUCUCCUUACGGAACAAUCGUUAGCCCAGGCGUUCUCGCGAGCAACCAUCAGCACCUCUUCUCGGUCCGUCUCGAUCCCUCUAUCGAUGGUCACAAUAACACGGUCGUUCAAGAGGACUCGGUAGCCAUGAAAUUCGACAAGACCAACCCGCCCGCCAACAACUUGUACGGAGUGGGUUACACUGUCGAAAAGACCCCCAUCACCCAUUCAGGCUGGGCCGACGCUGCCCCUGAGAAGAACCGUGUCUUCAAGAUCAUCAAUUCGAGCAAAAUCAACCCGAUCUCAGGGCGUCCGAUCGGAUACAAGCUUGUCCCCGAGCCAUCUCAACUCAUGCUCGCUCAUCCCGACUCUAUCGCUUAUCAACGUGCCGAAUUCGGUGAUCACCACAUCUGGGUCACCAAACACGCGGAUGACGAGCUGUACUCCGGAGGUUUGUACACCAACCAGAGUAACGGAAAGGCAAAGGGGAUUAAAUCCUGGGUAGCCAGAAACGACAAUGUCGAGGAUACCGAUUUGGUAUUGUGGCAUACUUUCGGCUUGACUCAUAAUCCCCGUGUUGAAGACUUCCCCGUGAUGCCCUGCGAGACGCACAUGAUCACGCUCAAGCCCUGCGACUUUUUCACGUCGUCUCCUUCAAACGAUGUUCCUGCCAGCAACCAGAAGUUCAACAAGUCUAAGCUCUACAGUAAUGGAAGUUCUAUCUCGGCUGGGACUCAUGGUCAGGGUAGUGUUCAAGUCGAAGAGAAAGCGCGGGCGAACGGUCUAGGCAAGGCGUCGGAUUCUUGUUGCAAAUGAGGAAAUGGGUUUCAAUCGAAGAAGCGUUGCCCUUGUAAAUGUCGUGCCGUAAAUUAGAUGAAUACCGUUUCCAAUAAC